UACCUUGGUCGCGCAUAGCAAAAAGUCGGAGUUGGGUGAGUUUGUCGAAAGCGUCCAGGAACCGAACCUCGGCAUCCAGCCUCCCCGCAUAGUUUCGGUGAUCGUCAAGUUUGGUCUGUCUCACUCAUAACAGCACCGUGGCUCUCUCGUUGAAAAGGCCACCGGAGUGUUUCAUUCUCUAUACCGGCCUGUAGUCUCUUUGGAAAUCAAUCAAGCAAAAAUGUCUGGUCCAGGUGUCGGGCACGAGUAUCCGCCGCAAGAGGUGUCAUGGCUGAAGCGAGACGUCCUCUUAUUUGCGGUCAGCAUUGGCUGUACCGUUGAUGAACUACAUUUUCUUUAUGAACUGCACCCUAACUUCUGCGUAUUCCCUACAUACUCGAUCAUCCUACCAUUCAAAAAGACAUCGCAAGAAGUGAUUGAUUUCUAUGCGGCCCAAGAGAGCAACACAAGCGCGAUUCCGGGCGUGCCCAAGCUCGACGCGAGACGAGUUGUCGAUGGACAACGACUGAUCCAAUUCUUCAAACCGCUGCCCACGACCUCGGCCGGCCGCAAGUUCGAGCUGCGGUCCAAGGUGCUCGGAGUCUACGACAAGGGAAAGCCAGGAACCGUGAUGGAAACAGAACAGACAAUUGUGGACAAAGAGACGGGCGAAGUGUACACCCGCGCCGUUGGCAGUGGCUUCUUCGUGGGCCAGGGCGGAUGGGGCGGCCCCAAGGGUCCUGCGACCGUCAACUAUCCUCCUCCCAAGGGACGAGAACAGAGCCCGGACAAAGUGGUCGAGACGCAGUUGACCAACGAGAGCGCGCAUUUGUAUAGACUCAAUGGCGACUAUAACCCUCUUCAUGCCACGCCCGAGCCAGGCAUCAAGAUGGGCUUUGGCGGUCCAAUCAUGCACGGCUUGUUCAGCUGGAACACGGCCGCGCACAUCCUCCUCAAGGAGCUGGGCGGAAGUGAUCCGGCCAACAUGAAGGAGUUCCAGGCCCGUUUCGCCGCACCGGUCAAGCCUGCCCAGAAACUUGUCACUAAGAUCUGGAGAACAGGAGACAUCAAGGAUGGUUGGGAAGAGGUUAGAUUUGUGGUCGAGGUCAAUGGAAAGGUCGUGUUAAGCAAUGGCCGGGCCUUGAUGAAGUGUGUUGGAAGCAAGAGUAAGCUGUGAGCUUGGUUGGUUCGUCAGGACAGUGUCAGUGCCAUGUAAAGGACUUGUUCUGCGAUCCUAUAUGGCGGCGGUUGUAUAUAUCCGCCAAAAGUACCUCUUGUGCCAUGCUAGUACUCAGCCUUGUCUCCCCCCGGGUUCUGCAGCCUUACGCCAAAUUAUGGCGACGACCCUGGCCAGGGCUAGGGCAGCCGGUGCAAACCUCUCAAAGAAGACGGUGAUUAUAUUUAUUCUGUCCAAAACCG